CUUCAUUUAUUAAUCAAAUAUAUUUAUCAGGUUGCGCUGUGAAGCGAGAUCAUGAUCAUCUUUCAACAUCUACUGAUCUUGGAAUUGUAUUUAUAUGCUGGGAUAUCGAUAAAACCUCUACUAACCUCAAAAAUUGACGGGGAUUACACUGUGUAUGACGAAGUGAAAAGUUUUGACAGCACGCUCAGAAUCCUGGGCGAGAUACGUGAGAAACAAUGUCUUCCCUGUUUUAUAUAUACAAAGAACUGGAGAGAAGAUACAUUUUUAAACCCAAGUUCCACAUCAGACGACCUCCAAUUAUGCAGGCAGAUCAAAUGUAGUUUUCAAGGAAGAUGUCUAAGGUUUAAAAAGGACAUUUGCUAUUCAUGGACAUUCACAGUCAUCUCAGAUAAGAAGGAGUACGUACUCUUUUCAAGGACCAACCCAUCUUCUGAUGAGAAAACCAACUUGAAUAUCACUUGUUACGGCACAGGAACAGCACAGUGUAAUUACUUGCACAUUACUUCAACAGAAAUUUCAACAACUGUUCGGAAACAUUUCUGGUCUGAGACGAGCAACCCAGAUAAGAAAAUGCCCAAUCAAGAUGUCGGUGUUGAUGAUAACAACGAUAAUGACGGCGAGGACAAAGAAGCUACUAAAACAGAAAAUAAAAAGAAUCCAAAUCCCGCAUGCCAGAAAAAAUGUAAACAGUGUCGGAAAUGUUCGGGAAAUAAAACAUUAAAUGACUGUGUAAAUGCAGCAAAACAAAAGGACUGUCCUGGAUGUAGUAAUUUGGGCAUCUUGUUGAUUACACACGUCAUUGCAGCAGGGAUUGGUGGAGGGAUCCUAUACUUGAUACAGUUUAUCAAGGAGUUUCGGAGAAAAAGAACUGACGAAGCUAAGCCAGAAAGUAAUGAUGAAAUGAUCAAUGCAUCUUACGGACACACGAGAGGAACUGACAUUCUGCAGAUGUCCAACGUCAGCCAUCAGGAAGAAGGCAUCUACAGUGAAGUUGCCGACAAGCCUGACUCGCUUCUGAAUGAUAACACAAUCCCAAAUUGUUCAACGGGAAGUGUGUUAAACGACAGGAAACACUCCACACUACCAGAUAUACCUCACGACUCGGAGAGAGACGAAGAGUACUUGCUUCCGCAAAUUCCAAAGAGUCUUUCAUUGCCUGAUACACAUGUGCAUUUGUCAGAAGAAGUAAACAAAUCAACAUCUAUUGUGCAGGAGGAACUGCCAUUGAAAGACGUCAAUGAUGUAUAUCAAAGAACAGAAUUUUAUGAAAUCCUGCAGGAUGCAUCUGCUACAGAUGGUGGGAAUAAUGUAUAUUCUUUUCUACAGAAAGCAGAUGAAUUGGAUCUAAAGUAAUGAUGCUUCAUACGAUAAAAGAUUACAAUGUGUCCUACCAUACAUGUUUACAUAGAUUAUAAAACACAUUACAUUCAACCUUUUCAAACAUUGUGGACUAAAAUUGGUUCUAACAUCAUUUAGUCACUCAGCAGAACACUUGUUAAUUUCAGAUGUGUCAACAACAAAUGGGGUAAAACGAUAUUAAUUCCAGGAUUCAGUCACGAAUCUGCAAGAAUUUUAACCAUUUCAGUGACAUCUAUUUAUUCGUGAUUCAAUAUCAUUUCCGAAUCUUUCGGUGAAUUUGAAUGCUCUCUAAUUUUUGCAAUUUAAGAGAUAUGGAUAAAUCCAUGAUUUUAAAUAUUCCACGAACAACGAAGACUAAUUAAUCCAACAGACAUUUGGUUUCAGUACCAUGGCGCAUCCCCACAUAGUGUCAUGGUAAUCACUGAAUUAUUUGAGAAAGCUUAUUUCUUACAAAGCAGCAAAUGACUGGCCUCCUCAUUCCCCUGACCGAAACCUGCUGUGGACUAUCAUUUGUGGGGAUACCUUAAGGACAGAGUAUUCGGACCCAGUUCAGAUGAUAUAUAAAAUUCUAGCUGCAAUAUCUAUAGAAAAUUGAAAGAUUUGAGAUGAAGCUUGUGCCAUUAUGAUCGUGAACCUCAAGGGGCGCAUUGACGUAGUUAUUUACCAGAGAUGACGUCAUGUGGAACACAUUUGAAUUUGUAUUGUUUUGUUUAUAUGUUUGCAUCAUUUGCCUAUACAUUGUUGAAAUCAUAUGAUGAUCUACAUGCAAAUAAUAAAACUUAAGAGGUAGUAUCUUUAUACUAUUUAAUCAUU